CCACGUUUUUAGCAGACAUCGUUAGUAAACUUUGACUCAAAGAACCCUGAAGUUUUUUCUCAUAACCCGACCUAAGGACAGAGUUUUUACGUGAACCGCAGUGAACUAUCGUCAUCCAUUAUGAACUAUUGUGAUAUCUGUGAAUGUGUGAAACAUCGCGACACCUGCGAAUUCAUGAAUGCCUUGACAUCUGUGAUGAUCCCCUGGAUACCAGAACACUUGUGAAAUCCCAUCAUUGCCUUGAAUUCCUGUGAAGGCUGAACCUGUAUUAAAGAACUCAAGCUCAUUAUACACAAUUCGUCAACUUGAACUUUAAUUGAAUUCGACAAUCAAGGGAGCUUUAUAGAGUAAUCAACCGAAAACCGCUACAGUCACUAUACUGACCGAUAUGUUGAUGCGCGGUCAACCAUGGUCCGUGGGUCAUCCAUACUAAGAUGUAGGUUCAUGUGCCAUUCGCUCUUUGCACGUUGCCGCUAUCUUGCAGCUUUACACAAUCAAUCUGGCCGGUUCAUUGAUUCUCUUGUAUGACUACUAGACUUAACUCAAGUCGGGAUCUCUCUGACGUCUUCGCUUCUGCUUUGGAUACACAUCGAACGAGACCGCGCGCCGUUGCUUGCUUUGCGCCCUCCUGUGUCUACUUAUUACGGCACUUGGGGAUACCCUCUGAUCAAUUUAAAUGCCAGUAGAAGGGAAUGUGGAUUUGGAAAGAGGGCUAUAACGACGGGAUCUCAAGUGUAUCCUGUCCGAGCAUUAACCCUAAAAAGUAGCGAGCUGCAGGGCCGAGCGCGACGACAGUGUAGUGCGUAGCGGCUGAAGGGGGAUGGCUGAGGAAAAGCAACGUAAGUCAGACAUGAUUCAAGUCUAUUAUUUACGGAAGCCGGAUAGUGCCAGGGUGAAUUUUUUUGCGUAGGGGGUGUAAAACUUGUUUUGACAAAUUAUGUGGCGGCCGCCACAUGAUUUUGCAAAUAUUUUUUAUGCAUGGGGGUGAAUAAUUUUUUCCCAUGGGUGUAUACAUUUCUUGCGCAUAGGGGAUGAAUAUUUUUUACAUGGGGGGUGUAAUACUUUUUUUGACAAAUCAUGUGGCGGCCACCGCAUAAUCAUCUAACGGCCGCCACAGAAUUUGUCAAAAAAAAGGUUAUACACCCCCCCCCACACACACACACAAAUUCACCCUGGCACUAUCCGGCUUCCGUAAUUAUAUGACGAGCUGCCAGUUCAAGGCUCUCGCCUGCAUGCCUAAAACAGCAGCCUGCGAGUGCAAAGAGCGAACGUAGGCCUACCCCACGACGUUUACUGCGAUUUGGUUCGGCAAGGUAUUUCUCUCUGUACAGGUGUAUGCAGUACUAUCAGUGUCCCAAAUGACAAGGCACUGCUUUAUUUGGGUGUGUUCGUGCGGUUACUCCUGUUAACACGAGUAGGACACGUUUUACAGUUGGGUUCAAGAUAGGAUGAAAUUCCCCGUUCGUAGCGCUAGCGAGGCUCCCGCUCGCUGACCCGCGGGUCGCACUCCAGCCGCUCGUGCGCUCAGCUCGGGAAAGUCAGAAGUAUCCAUAUACAUGUACAUGUACUUGUGUUAACACGGGUACCUUGCUCGAACGCAAGUCAGUGCCUACGAGUAUGAGUGCAUUAUUGGAAGCAAAUCAGGAGUAACGGUUAUUUUCAGACGGGUAUCGAGGUCUCGGGCCAUAUAGUCUCGGUCGUGGACUUCCAGGUCUCGAUACUGGUCAUGUGUACAUAUAUGUAAUAUAAUUCUGUAUUCAUAGCGCAUAUCAAGGGAUGAAAGAAACUGAGAUUUGAGGCAAUAAAAAAAUCCAGUGUGACUGUCACCCAAAUCCAUUUAUUAUCACUCAAUAUUUGGCCUGAAAUUACACUCGAGUUUAUAGUGGAAAAUUAAUUCGUUAUUAUUACGAAUUAAUUUGGUGUUUUGGCUUACUGAUUCGUUACUAUGAAUUAGUAAAUCGUUAUUACUGAUUACUACUAAAGUUACAGAAGUUGCUUUCAUACAACCCACAGGCCGCACAAAAACGCGAACGACGUCCGCAAAGUGACAUCACGUCCCACCUGCGUGAUGCCCUGUCCAAAAUCAAUGGCUUUGGCUAGAAAUUACGCAAGUGCUUGUAACCCAACCGCAAACAAUAAUUAGUAAUUCCAAACAACGAAUUAGAAAUUUGAAAUAACCAAUUAGCUAAUUAGUAAAUCGAAAUAACGAAUUAGUAAUUCGAUAUUAGACACUCUGAAUCCGUUAUUACGAAUUACUAAUUCAUCAUAACAAAUUGGCAACUCGUUACGAGUUAGUAUAUAUAUGCAAUUCAAAAUGACGAAUAAAUAAUGUAACAAAUUAGUUUCCCACCAAAUUUUUUAUUUCAGUGGCAGGACUGGACAUUCGUACCGACUGACCCUUUCACCCGUUGCACAAAAAUAAUUAUGUGAACGUCGAAUAUCCAUAUGAAACCACUUACUUUCUCGUCGUCAUCUGUUUUCAAGCAGUUGCAAGGGUCACCAAUUCCAUUCACAAGUCACUCCACUGUUACCUCCUUCUUUCUUCAAUGGACAUUUCAGCCGAAAAGUCCGUGUGUAUACUAGGACCAAUAUUCUAACACCCAAGGUCACAUUUAGGUAUGGUUGACCCACGGACAAUUUGGUUGACCGAGCAUCAAUACCGGUCACCAGUACAUGUAUAGUCGGACGGACCCUAUGAGGAGGUAUCAAAUGUGGUAGACACAUACAGACCGUGCAUAUGUGCAGUGAAGGCUGAUACUCGCAGGAAAUCAAAAAGACUACCUUUGAAACGGUCCUUUAAGUGUUGUUGUCGUUACAAAAGUGCGCUUUCCUUCAAUUACUUUUAUCCAGGCUUGUGAAGUGAAGGAAUGACGUCGCCAACGGGGAGAAAAGACGUGAACUCCCAAGAUGGUGGCUAUGGCUGGUUCCUGACCGCCUUGGCGUUCCUUACUGGCUUGAUUGAAAUUGGGACAUUCAAAAGCUUCGGAGUCUUGUUGCUUCCCGUUCAAGAAUCGUUACAGUGUUCAGUUACAACACUGGGUACUGCUUUUGCUGCUGCCCACACAGUGGGCUAUGUUCUGAUGCCAAUUGGAAACAGACUUGCCAAGAAGCUUGGCUCCAAACCGUUGGUAAUUGGAGGAGGCUUUACCACUUUUCUGUGCUUUGUCGGAGCUUGCCUGGCAAGCAACAUCGCUCAGUUUUCAGUGUUUGUCAUAAUCUGGGGGGUUGGUGUUGCCGUUAGCUACGGCCCUAUGAUCAUUGCCGUACUUCCGUAUUUCCCGAGCAAAUCGGCGUUUGCUAUCAGCCUAAUCGGGUUGGGAUCUGGUUUUGGAAUAAUGGUUUACCCACCUCUAACGGAAUUCUGCGUCGAAGUAUACGGUUGGCGUGGAACAUUGUUGUUAUUUUCUGCUGUGAACGCUCAAGUGUGCGUGUUUGGUGCCUUCAUCAAGCCAGCCCCGUCGUCGUACGCGGCACUAGCAUCAGAAGACGGAAGUUUACGUGAAAGCGCGAGUCCUAAUAAUGACGGAAACAAACUCUGGAAAUACUGGAAAGUCGUUUUUAAGGGCAUCUGUCAGCUCCUGGCUUUGGACGUCCUAUGGUACGAACCCAAGUUUGUCAUUCAUGCCUUUGUUAGCUCUCUGAUUGGCGUCACUUACAGUGCUUGGAUGAUCUACCUCGUUCCCCACGGAGUAGCGAGAGGUAUUGACAGGCACCGGGCAGCAUUUCUCUCGUCCGCAGGUGGAUUGGGAACAGUACUUGGACGGGUAAUACAAGCAGUUGUAAUGCAUCUCAGGUGUAUCACAGCAGUUCAGCUGGACAUCUUCCUUGCUUUCAUCAGUUUAUUUGCGUUUGUACUUGACCCGUUAGUCUCAGGAAACUACCCAGGACUUUUGUGUUUGGCUUUAGUGAACGGACUCUGUAUUCCAACGAUGGCUGUCUUAUUUCUCCUGGUGGCUCAAGAGGUCCUGAGUGAAGAUCUCAGCGUCCAAGGCUGGGGGACACUAAAUCUCUUUUUUGGUGUAGGGGAAUUGGCCGGUGGAGGUUUUGCAGGUAUUGCUUACGAUGCCACUGGUAGCUACGAUACGUCUUUCUUGAUGCUUGGUGGACUUUCUGGCGUCAUUUUCGCCGUUCUUUUCACUGAAAGACUUCUGCGACUUUGCAGACACGGCUGAUGUAAAAGCAUUUUCCCUGUUGUCACCUAAAGACGCUCUUCUAUUCAGCAAUUAAAAGACCAGUGUUUUACACCCAAGGUCCACUCACUGUGUACGCGAAGGUCUGUUUGUCGGAAUCAAUAGAUUUCCAAGUACCCGGACUUAUGUGACCGAAAAUGAAAUAAAGUUAGUCGUUGAUGGGAGCAUUUAGUGAGAUAAUUCAAAAAUUCAUUUGUCUGAAGAAUCAAAUACAUGUACAGUCCAAAUUAUCAAACUUAACGUGUCCGAGGGCUGAGAAAUCUGAAAGCGCCCGAUGUUCAAGUUCAGGUGUAACAGUAUAAAUUCCGGAAAUCUUUCACAUUUUCUUUUAGGAUGUUAGCCUGAUAAUGUUGAUUUGGACUCAACUGAUGAUCAUUUGUUUUCGCCUGUCGAACCUUCUGUACAAGCAACACACUGACACUUCUCCCGUCACUAACUUCUGCAUAUUCGACAGAAAUGAUAAAAGUUCUUGACUAGUAUGAUCACACUCGUGGUGG